AUGAUCUAACGGUCAGAAUCAAUCUCUCCCGAGCCAGGUGCGGGCAAGGCGAUUAUAUAUACGAACUUGACAUCGCAGCUCCUCCCCAUUGCUGGAGAUAGUGAAUCGGAAGCAGUCGUUUAGGUUUAAAUCGUUGAAGGUUUUCGGCUGUUGGUGGUGAGAUGGAGGCUACCGGAAAAGUGAAGAAGGGUGCCGGCGGGAGGAAAGGCGGCGGCCCCAAGAAGAAGCCGGUUUCUCGGUCCGUCAAGGCCGGUCUGCAGUUUCCGGUUGGGCGCAUUGGGCGAUACCUGAAGAAGGGUCGGUACUCGCAGCGUGUUGGGACUGGUGCUCCGGUCUACUUGGCCGCCGUUCUCGAGUACUUGGCUGCCGAAGUACUGGAGUUGGCUGGAAAUGCAGCUAGAGACAACAAGAAGAACCGCAUCAUUCCUAGGCACGUGCUUUUGGCAGUGAGGAACGACGAAGAGUUGGGUAAGCUUCUAGCCGGAGUGACCAUUGCUCAUGGAGGUGUUCUUCCCAACAUCAACCCUGUCCUCUUGCCCAAGAAAACUGACAAGGGUCCAUCUAAGGAACCGAAGUCUCCCUCCAAGGCUGCCAAGUCUCCAAAGAAGGCUGCUUGAUUACCCCUCGCUGUUAUAGCUUAACCGUUUGUUUCUUAUUUUUCUUUUUCUUCUUUGAUAUUUGUAUGUAUUUUUGGGGUUAGUAGCAAAUCUGGUUUUGUCUAGGCUGUUGAGGGAAAAUUCAGAAAGUUUGAACACUGUAAACCCUUGAAAUCUCUUUGAAUUAAUGGAUGAAAUCACUUGUUUUA